UUCCGGUACAAUGGGCUCUCCUUCGUCUACCUCAUCUACCUUCUGCUCAUCCCCCUGUUCUCAGAACCAACCAAAGCCACCAUGCAAGGACACACAGGACGGUUGUUAAAGUCUCUGUGCUUCACCAGCUUUUCCUUCCUGUUGCUGCAUAUAAUUUUCCACAUCACGUUGGCAAGUCUGGAGGCACAGCACCGCAUUGCACCUGGUUACAACUGCUCAACCUGGGAAAAGACAUUCCGACAGAUCGGCUUUGAAAGCUUAAAGGGAGCUGAUGCUGGCAACGGGAUCCGAGUGUUUGUGCCUGACGUCGGCAUGUUCAUAGCCAGUCUGACCAUCUGGCUGGUCUGUAGGAACAUCGUUCAGAAACCAGUGACUGAAGAAGCAGCGCAGUAUAACCUGGAGUUUGAGAAUGAAGAAUCGGCUGGAGGAGGAAAAAUAGACCCAGAAGAGGCACUGAUCUAUGAAGAGGAUUUAGAGGAAAGAGAUGGUGUUGAAGGCGAUUUGGAAGAAAGCACGAAAUUAAAACUGUUCCGCAGGCUGGCCUCUGUGGCUUCCAAGCUUAAGGAGUUCAUUGGCAACAUGAUAACCACCGCGGGGAAGGUGGUUGUGACGAUUUUACUGGGUUCAUCAGGAAUGAUGCUGCCCUCUCUGACCUCGUCCGUGUACUUCUUUGUGUUUUUGGGUCUGUGCACCUGGUGGUCCUGGUGCCGAACCUUCGACCCCUUGCUGUUCAGCUGUCUCUGUGUCCUGCUGGCUAUCUUCACUGCGGGACACUUGAUUGGACUGUAUUUGUACCAGUUCCAGUUCUUCCAAGAAGCAGUCCCUCCCAACGACUACUAUGCCAGGUUGUUUGGUAUCAAAUCAGUCAUCCAAACAGACUGUUCCAGCACGUGGAAGAUCGUAGCAAACCCAGACCUGUCAUGGUACCACCAUGCCAACCCCAUCGUCCUGCUGGUGAUGUACUACACGCUGGCCACUCUAAUCCGAAUCUGGCUACAGGAGCCCCUUGUGCAGGAAGAGAGGACCAAGGAAGAGGACAGAGCCCUGGCCUGCAGCCCCGUCCCCGUCACAGCCGAGAGGAGGCGGAGCCUGUGGUACGCGACCCACUACCCCACGGAUGAGAGAAAACUUUUAUCCAUGACUCAAGAUGACUACAAACCAUCUGAUGGCCUGUUGGUGACUGUGAAUGGCAACCCUGUGGAUUACCACACCAUCCACCCCAGCCUUCCCCUGGAGAAUGGCCCCGCCAAGGCCGACCUGUACUCCACCCCACAGUACCGCUGGGAGCCCGCCGCCGACUCCCCGGAAAAGAAGGAGGGAGAAGAUGAGAAUGAAGAAUUUGAGGAGGAGAAGGCCUAUGAGGAGGAAAGGAGUGUCAAAGUCCAUGCCAUGGUCUCUGUGUUCCAGUUCAUCAUGAAGCAGAGUUACAUCUGUGCCCUUAUCGCUAUGAUGGCGUGGAGCAUCACGUACCACAGCUGGCUGACGUUCGUGCUGCUGAUCUGGUCCUGCACUCUUUGGAUGAUUCGCAACAGAAGGAAAUAUGCCAUGAUCAGCUCUCCAUUCAUGGUUGUCUACGGAAAUCUACUGCUCAUAUUACAGUACAUAUGGAGUUUUGAACUCCCUGAAAUUAAAAAGGUCCCGGGAUUUUUAGAAAAGAAAGAGCCAGGGGAACUUGCCUCAAAGAUCCUUUUCACCAUUACGUUUUGGCUGUUGCUGAGACAGCACCUCACAGAGCAAAAAGCUCUCCAAGAAAAGGAAGCUCUUCUGUCUGAGGUCAAAAUCGGAAGUCAGGAAAAUGAAGAAAAAGAUGACGAACAGGACAUACAGGUGGAUGGGGAGGCCCAGGAGAAGAAGGAAGAAGAGGAGGCAAAGGAGGAGAAGCAGGAGCAGAAGAAGGAGGAGGACGACGACAAUGAGCAGGACAUCAUGAAGGUGCUGGGUAACCUGGUGGUGGCCUUGUUCAUCAAGUACUGGAUCUACGUCUGUGGAGGCAUGUUCUUCUUCGUCAGCUUCGAGGGCAAAAUCGUGAUGUACAAGAUCAUCUACAUGGUGCUCUUCCUGUUCUGUGUGGCCCUGUAUCAGGUGCACUAUGAGUGGUGGAGACGGAUCCUGAAAUAUUUCUGGAUGUCGGUGGUUAUCUACACGAUGCUGGUGCUCAUCUUUAUAUACACAUAUCAGUUUGAAAACUUCCCGGGCCUGUGGCAAAACAUGACGGGGUUGAAAAAAGAAAAGCUGGAGGACCUUGGCCUUAAACAGUUCACGGUGGCCGAGCUGUUCACGCGCAUAUUCAUCCCCACGUCCUUCUUGCUGGUGUGCAUCCUGCACCUGCACUACUUCCACGACCGCUUCCUGGAACUCACGGACCUGAAGUCCAUUCCCAGCAAGGAAGACAGCACCAUCUACAGCCAUGCCAAGGUCAAUGGGCGCGUGUAUCUGAUAAUAAAUAGCAUCAAGAAAAAAUUACCAAUCUACCAAAAUGAACUGGCCCACCCCGAGGGAAGCCUUCCGGACCUCGCCAUGAUGAAGCCGACCGCCAGCUUGGAGGUGGCGGAAGCCAAGCAGCUGGCGGGACCUGGGGAGGAGAAGCCGGGGGGAUGCCCUGCAAAGGCCAAGAAGGGCGAGCUCGGCAAGGACAGUGAGGAAGAGGACGACGAGGAGGAGGAAGAGACGUCAGAUCUGAGGAACAAGUGGCACCUGGUGAUAGACCGCCUCACGGUGCUGUUCCUGAAGUUCCUGGAGUGUUUCCACCAGCUGCAGACGUUCCUGUGGUGGAUCCUGGAGCUUCACAUCAUCAAGAUCGUCUCCUCCUACAUCAUCUGGGUGUCCGUGAAAGAGGUGUCUCUGUUCAACUAUGUAUUUUUGAUUUCUUGGGCUUUUGCUCUGCCGUACGCCAAGCUCCGCCGCCUGGCUUCAAGUGUCUGCACUGUCUGGACAUGUGUGAUCAUUGUCUGCAAAAUGUUGUACCAGCUGCAGACCAUUAAGCCUGAAAACUUUUCUGUCAACUGUUCCUUGCCAAAUGAAAACCAAACGAAUAUACCCCUGCAGCAGCUGAACAAGUCUCUGCUCUACAGCGCCCCCAUUGACCCAGCAGAGUGGGUCGGCCUGAGGAAGUCCUCUCCUUUGCUUGUCUACCUGAGGAACAACCUCCUGAUGCUGGCCAUUCUGGCCUUUGAGGUCACCAUCUACCGCCAUCAGGAGUAUUAUCGCGGUCGGAACAACCUCACAGCCCCCGUGUCUAAAACCAUCUUUCACGACAUUACGAGACUCCACCUGGAUGAUGGACUUGUCAAUUGUGCCAAGUACUUCAUCAAUUACUUCUUCUACAAGUUUGGUCUGGAGACCUGUUUCCUCAUGUCAGUUAAUGUGAUCGGACAGCGGAUGGAUUUCUACGCCAUGAUUCAUGCCUGCUGGCUGAUUGCCGUCUUGUACCGGCGCCGAAGGAAAGCCAUCGCGGAGAUCUGGCCCAAGUACUGUUGCUUCCUGGCCUGCAUCAUCACCUUCCAGUACUUCAUCUGCAUCGGCAUCCCUCCCGCCCCGUGCCGAGAUUACCCCUGGAGGUUCAAGGGCGCCAGCUUCAAUGACAACAUCGUCAAGUGGCUGUAUUUCCCAGACUUCAUCGUGCGGCCCAACCCCGUGUUCCUCGUGUAUGACUUCAUGCUGCUUCUGUGCGCCUCCCUACAACGGCAGAUUUUCGAGGAUGAAAACAAGGCCGCCGUGCGGAUCAUGGCAGGUGACAAUGUGGAGAUCUGCAUGAACCUGGAUGCGGCCUCGUUCAGCCAGCACAACCCCGUCCCCGACUUCAUCCACUGCAGAUCGUACCUGGACAUGUCCAAAGUGAUCAUCUUCAGCUAUCUCUUCUGGUUCGUGCUCACAAUCAUCUUCAUCACCGGGACGACCAGGAUCAGCAUCUUCUGCAUGGGUUACCUGGUGGCCUGCUUCUACUUCCUGCUCUUCGGGGGCGAUUUGCUGCUAAAGCCCAUCAAGAGCAUCCUGCGGUACUGGGACUGGCUGAUCGCAUACAACGUCUUUGUGAUCACGAUGAAAAACAUACUGUCGAUAGGAGCAUGCGGCUAUAUUGAAAAGUUGGUUCAAAAUAGUUGCUGGUUGAUCCAAGCUUUCAGCCUGGCCUGCACAGUCAAGGGCUACAAAAUGCCGGAUGAUGAUUCCUCGUGUAAACUACCGAGCGGGGAAGCAGGGAUUAUUUGGGACAGCAUAUGCUUUGCCUUCCUUCUGCUGCAGAGAAGAGUUUUCAUGAGUUACUAUUUCCUGCACGUCGUGGCGGAUAUAAAAGCUUCACAGAUCCUGGCUUCGAGGGGGGCUGAACUUUUCCAGGCCACGAUUGUAAAGGCUGUAAAGGCAAGAAUUGAGGAAGAGAAAAAGUCCAUGGACCAGCUUAAGAGGCAGAUGGAUCGCAUCAAGGCCAGGCAACAGAAAUACAAAAAGGGUAAGGAGAGGAUGCUGAGCUUGACUCAGGAGUCAGGGGAAGGCCAGGACAUCCAAAAACUCUCUGAAGAGGAUGAUGAAAGAGAAGCAGACAAACAGAAAGCCAAGGGCAAAAAAAAGCAGUGGUGGCGGCCUUGGGUUGAUCAUGCUUCCAUGGUCAGGAGUGGAGAUUACUAUUUGUUUGAAACGGACAGUGAAGAGGAGGAAGAGGAAGAAUUAAAAAAGGAGGAUGAAGAGCCUCCACGAAGGUCAGCUUUCCAGAGAGCUAUUGGGAAGUUUGCGUCAGCCAUUUUAGCCUUGCCAAAGUCUGUCAUUAAACUUCCCAAAACUAUUCUUCAGUAUUUAAUCAGAGCUGCAAAGUUUGUUUAUCAAGCCUGGAUUACUGACCCUAAAACAGCACUCCGACAGAGGCGCAAAGAGAAAAAAAGAUCUGCAAGAGAAGAACAGAAAAGAAGGAGAAGAGGAUCUGGGGAUGGUCCUGUGGAGUGGGAAGACCGGGAGGAUGAACCGAUCAAGAAGAAGUCUGAUGGACCAGAUAAUAUCAUCAAGAGGAUAUUUAAUAUUCUGAAGUUCACCUGGGUCCUGUUUCUGGCGACCGUGGACAGUUUCACAACGUGGUUGAACUCCAUCUCCAGGGAGCACAUCGACAUCUCCACCGUCCUGAGGAUCGAGAGGUGCAUGCUGACCAGAGAGAUUAAAAAGGGCAACGUCCCAACCCGGGAGAGCAUCCACAUGUACUAUCAGAACCACAUCAUGAACCUUUCCAGAGAGUCGGGACUGGACACCAUCGAUGACCGUCCUGGCGCCACCGCAGGUAUACAGACAGCCCAUAGGAUGGACAGCUUAGAUUCCCACGACAGCAUCUCCAGUGAGCCCACGCAGUGCACGAUGCUGUACUCGCGCCAGGGGACCACAGAGACCAUAGAGGAGGUGGAGGCCGAGCAGGAUGAGGAGGUGCCUGAGGACACCCAGUCCCCGCAGGACCCCAUGCAGGACGGCGAAGUGGAGGCCCCGCCGUCCUACAGCAAGGCCGUCAGCUUGGAGCGCCUGUCUUUUGACUCCCGGGACGACUCGGGGGGCCAGACCCACAUGGCGGUCAGCCCCGACGACAGCCGCUCAGACCGCCUGGAGGCCAGCAUCCUGCCACCCCUGACCCAUGAGCUGACGGCCAGCGAGCUACUGCUGAACAAGAUGUUCCAUGACGAUGAGCUGGAAGAGUCGGAGAAGUUCUACGUUGGGCAGCCCCGCUUCCUGCUGCUGUUCUACGCCAUGUACAACACGCUGGUGGCCCGCUCGGAGAUGGUGUGCUACUUCGUCAUCAUCCUCAACCACAUGGUCUCUGCCUCCGUCAUCACACUCGUGCUGCCCAUCCUGAUCUUCCUCUGGGCCAUGCUGUCCGUCCCCCGGCCCAGCAGACGCUUCUGGAUGAUGGCCAUCGUCUACACAGAGGUGGCAAUUGUGGUCAAGUAUUUCUUCCAGUUUGGGUUCUUUCCCUGGAACAAGAAUGUGGAAUUGAACAAAGACAAGCCUUACCACCCACCCAAUAUCAUCGGGGUGGAGAAGAAGGAGGGCUACGUUCUCUACGACCUCAUCCAGCUGCUGGCCCUCUUCUUCCACCGGUCCAUCCUGAAGUGCCACGGCCUGUGGGACGACGAUGACAUCGCAGACAGUGGCUCUGACGAGGUGGGCUCGGACGACGCGCUGUCCCUCAGCCACGGUAGGAGGGGUUCCUCCGACUCCCUGAAGUCCAUCAACCUGGCCGCGUCCGUGGAGUCGGUGCACGUGACCUUCCCCGAGCAGCCGGCCGCCAUCAGGAGGAAGCGCUCCAGCAGCGGCUCCCAGACGUCCCAGGACUCCAGCUUUUCCUCCAAUAGGUCCAAGAGAGGCAGCACAAGCACCCGAAACAGCAGCCAGAAAGGAAGCAGUGUUGUGAGCGGCAAGCAAAAAAGCAGACGGGAACUUUAUGUGGAGAAGCUUCGAGAACACUUAAUCAAAGCAAAAGCGUUUACCAUAAAGAAGACCCUGCAGCUCUACGUGCCCAUCAGACAGUUCUUCUACGACCUCAUCCACCCCGACUACAGCGCCGUGACCGACGUGUACGUGCUCAUGUUCCUGGCAGACACCGUCGACUUCGUCAUCAUCGUCUUUGGCUUCUGGGCCUUUGGGAAACAUUCAGCCGCGGCCGACAUCACCUCCUCGCUGUCGGAGGACCAGGUCCCGGGGCCCUUCUUGGUGAUGGUCCUCAUUCAGUUCGGCACCAUGGUGGUAGACCGGGCACUGUACCUCAGGAAGACGGUGCUGGGGAAGGUCAUCUUCCAGGUCAUCCUGGUGUUUGGGAUUCACUUCUGGAUGUUCUUCAUCUUGCCUGGGGUGACUGAGAGGAAAUUCAGCCAGAACCUGGUCGCCCAGCUUUGGUACUUCGUGAAAUGCGUGUAUUUCGGGUUGUCCGCCUACCAGAUCCGCUGCGGCUACCCAACGCGGGUCCUCGGAAACUUCCUCACCAAGAGCUACAACUACGUCAAUCUCUUCUUGUUUCAAGGGUUCCGCCUCGUCCCUUUUCUGACGGAGCUGAGGGCCGUGAUGGACUGGGUGUGGACAGACACGACCCUGAGCCUGUCCAGCUGGAUCUGUGUGGAGGACAUCUAUGCUCACAUAUUCAUCCUCAAGUGUUGGCGGGAGUCGGAAAAAAGGUACCCGCAGCCCCGGGGGCAGAAGAAGAAGAAGGUGGUCAAGUACGGGAUGGGGGGGAUGAUCAUCGUCCUGCUCAUCUGUAUUGUCUGGUUCCCUCUGCUCUUCAUGUCUCUGGUCAAAUCUGUCGCCGGGGUCAUCAACCAGCCCCUGGACGUCUCGGUCACAAUUACCCUGGGCGGGUACCAGCCUAUUUUCACAAUGAGUGCCCAGCAAAGCCAGCUGAAAGUUAUGGACCAGCCGAAAUUUAAUAAAUUUAUUAAAGCUUUUUCUAAGGACACUGGUGCUAUGCAAUUUCUGGAAAAUUAUGAAAAAGAAGACAUAACAGUAGCAGAACUGGAAGGAAACUCAAAUUCUUUGUGGACCAUCAGCCCUCCCAGUAAGCAGAAAAUGAUACACGAGCUCAUGGAUCCCAAUAGUAGCUUCUCUGUUGUUUUUUCAUGGAGUGUGCAGAGAAACAUGAGUCUGGGUGCAAAAGCCGAAAUAGCAACAGAUAAGCUUUCUUUUCCUCUUAAAAAUACGACACGAGAGCACAUUGCUAAAAUGAUAGCUGGCAACAACACAGAAAGUUCCAAAACGCCAGUGACCAUAGAAAGGAUUUACCCAUACUACGUGAAAGCACCCAGUGACUCUAACUCCAAACCCAUAAAGCAACUUUUAUCUGAAAAUAAUUUCAUGAACAUCACCAUUAUUCUGUCCAGAGACAAUACAACUAAAUCCAACAGUGAGUGGUGGGUUCUCAACUUGACUGGGAAUAGAAUCUACAACCAGCAUGCGCAGGCCCUGGAGCUGGUGGUCUUCAAUGACAAGGUCAGCCCCCCAAGCCUGGGGUUCCUGGCCGGCUACGGUAUCAUGGGCCUCUACGCUUCAGUGGUCCUGGUGAUUGGGAAGUUUGUCCGUGAAUUCUUCAGCGGUAUUUCUCACUCCAUCAUGUUUGAAGAGCUUCCGAAUGUGGAUCGGAUUUUGAAGUUAUGCACAGAUAUUUUUUUAGUUCGAGAGACCGGGGAGCUGGAACUGGAGGAGGACCUCUAUGCCAAAUUAAUAUUCCUGUACCGUUCGCCAGAAACCAUGAUCAAAUGGACCAGGGAGAAAACAAACUGACGCCCCAGGCCACAGACCACAAGCCAAGUUCACAUUGGAAUUUUCCAAAGAAAAAAAGAAAAGCACAAUACUCUCCUAAGAGCUAAGCAUUUCUAAUUCGGUGGAAACGGUCUCUCUUCUGACUGCUGCAGAAGGACUGGGCUUCCUUUUGCCCUCAGAGCUACGAGCAGAGGUACUCUCGAAAAGUCCUUUGUAAUUCCAUUCCUCUGAAAUCAGGGCUACUCGCUUUAUGUUUUAGUGCCGGUGUCUUGCAGUCUGAUGGACUACGUGUUGGAGUCACUGAUGGGUCUCGUCCCUCAGAGGAACAGAACAGGAGGAGGAGAAGGAAGGAGAGGCCUUCUCCUGUGAGGGGCGGCGCCCUCCGAAGAGACGCUACAAUGCAACGCAAUGCACGGGGCUCUGCGGCCAAGGGGACACUGCCGUGAGGAGGACGGGGGCCCUGCACCCCGAAUACGCAACAGAACGGGGACUGAAAACUCCUACCCGUAUGUCUAGAGGGGAAACAGGGAGGGGGCCAGUGACCCAUGGCGAUGCCAGUGGAAGGAUAAGCCUCAUCCUAAGCAAAAACAUAACAUUAGUGACACUUACUGCCUUACCUUAACUGAAGACUAAUGAGACGUCUUUCCAUUAAACACCAGUGACCUCUCAGGAAAAAACAGCAGCAAAACAAAUACGUGGACAUGGUGUUGCUGAGGCCCAGGUGGUGGGUGACUCACUCUGACCUGGUGGUUUUCUGGUUCAGAGAGUUACUGCUCUCCGUGAAACACCGACGCCCAGCUGGAGGCGGGGUCCUUGGACGUUGUCACUUUUACUGACUGAGGUCUGAGCUCUCCUCUGCCCCACCCCCACGCUUCCUCCCAUUUCCAUGAUUCACGGCAGUGGUUUUUCCAGUAUGUGACAUUUUUUUCCCCUGUUUUUCAGGUCUAUCAACGAGUUUACAUA